AUGAUAAUAAAAGGGGGACAUGCCAAUAUUUAUUUAUUAGUAGAUUUCUAUAAGUUAAAAUAUAUCUAUAUUUAUUUAAAAAGCUAUAUAUAUGUAUUUAAAUUAAUCAUGGUGGAACCUGAUCUUAUUAGCUCCUGUGUGAAAGAAUCACGGUUUAUUAAUAGUACUGAUGUAGUUCAUUGGUCUUUAAAAAGCGAUCAUGGAAGUUUUAUAGUAAUGGAAGAAAAAGAGAGCAAUGAUGUAUGGAAUCAAAUUGAUCAAAUCAUAGUAGAUGAAUCUAUUGAAACUAAAUAUAUUUUUUUCAUAGAGAAACCGGAUAAUGGAUCAAGAAUUGAUAAAUGGUUUCAACCGAGUGCGAUGAAAUUUUAUAUCAUCUUUAAAACAUUAUUACCUCACUUUAAUGAACCUUUAAAGUAUUCUAUUGAAAAUAUUGGAUUAUUUAUAUUUAAUAAAAAUAUUAUGGUUAUCAUUACAGAAACAUUUUUCCAAAAAAAUGAAGUAGAAUUUAAAAAACUAUUUUUAAACGGAAUGAUAUUACAAUUUAAUGAUGAUUUUUUAAUUACAAGUUGUUUUAAUAUUUUUAUGGUCGUAAAUAAGAUUGCUAUAAAGAUCUUCCAAGAUUUCAAAGAUUCUUUAGAACUGAUAAAAGAAACGACAGAUUUCCAAUCAAUGGAUGAAUCCUCACGACAAUCUUCUGAUAAUACAAAGAAGGAAAAUUCAAAGUCACCGGAAUCCUUUAUCAAUACUUAUUCACUUGAUAAUGAAGAAUUUUUAAACCAUCAAGGGUUUAAUCUCCCAACUAUACAAUUAAAUAAUACUUUUGAAAUUUAUUUAUUCUUCAAAAAAUUCAUGACUAUCAAAGAAAAUGAAAUUGAAAUUUAUUUUAAUAUUGGGUUUACUCAAUUUAAUAAUUCGUCAAGGCCAAGUAUAGAAAAAUUUAAUAAAAUGUUGGAAAUUAAUCAAAAUUUAAUUAAACAAUGUUGGAGUGUUUUAAAUCAAAUUUUCUCUCAAUUGUUACAAGAAUACUAUAAUGACGACAGUAAGACUUUAUAA